GCUGCGUUGAGUGGUAGGGAUGCUGCGGAGGAUCAAUAACGGGCAGGAUCUGCGAAAUCCUGUUCAGUCCAAUGCUGAAUCUGCCAGACGGUGGACGUGCUUUGAGUGUGGUCAGCAGCCACUGAGCCUAAGAUGAGAACAGGAGGGCACCAUCCGGAUGCUACCGUAGCAUCCCCCUCGUCCAAUCGCCGCAUUUUUUAUUUCAAUUAAAAACGCAUCCGACACCGCCGCCGCCAACAACCACCGCCACCCCAUUUUUUCACCAUGAUCCCUUUACGCUUUGCUGCGGGGUACAUCAAAGGGAUCAUCUACAUUUAUUUAUGGUACUCCAGCAUUUUAUUUGGCUACGCUGGUUUAUUUUGCCCUAUUUUGCCUUUAAUUUUUCUUUCAAAUCGGCUCUACAGGAACGCCACAGAUUUUUUGUUUACCUUUUGGCAAAUGUACCCGACCGCUCUAUUAGAUCUAUUGUUUAAUUGCAAAGUGCAAGUAACUGGAGACGAGAUCAAUGCAGACGAAUCAUCGCUUCUUGUGAUGAAUCACAGGACACGCACCGAUUGGAACUUCCUAUGGCCGGCCGUGUAUCAAGCCACGACCGGCAAAGGACGAUUCAAUCAUCCUACAAAGUUUGUGCUCAAAGACGAAAUCAGACAUAUACCCGGGGUGGGUUGGAUCAUGCAACUAUCCUGUUUCCUCUAUAUCAAAAGAAACUGGGCGUUGGACAAGAUCAAGCUAAGUUGUAUGAUUGAUUACUUUUGUGAUUCUAAGCAUAAAUUUAGUUUAUUAAUUUUCCCUGAAGGAACUGACCUUACUGCAGACACCAAAAGAAAUAGCGAUAAGUACGCAGACAAGCAUGGACUCCAGAAAUACGAUUAUGUGUUGCAUCCAAGAACAACAGGGUUCUCGUUUUUGGCGGAACGAUUGAUAAGGAAGCGAGCCCUGGAUGCACUGUACGAUAUCACCAUCAUCUACUGUGAUAAUGUGCCGCAGAACGAGACGCUCAUCUUGCGUGGACAAUUCCCUAAAGAGAUCAAGAUUCACUUCACCAGAUAUCCGGUGGCAAGUUUACCGGAUGGCGAAGAGGAGCUCAAGCUGUUUCUGGAGAAGAGAUGGCUGGAGAAGGAGCGCAACAUCAGGGAGUUCUACGCUACGCACCAAUUUUUGCACGGUAAACGCGUCCGGCGCGACCAGAGACUCGAAUUGUACGUGGCUCUGGUCUUCUGGACUGCUCUGCCCUAUCUGGUCGUGUAUCUUCUGUACGCCACAUCCGUUCUGCGACAUAUUGUCUUCUAUCAUACCGUAUUUCUGUUACUCGUCAACGCGUUCUUCGGUGGCUUUCAGAAUUUCGAAAUCGCCAUCUUCAACAGUAAACGAAAGAUGAGCAGAUUCAUUUCGAGCAGAAUCUGACGUUGAUAAUCAGUAAAUGUAACGAGGAAAAGGCGGUGUCUGCAAACAAAACAAAAAAAUUAAUCCUUGGCUUCCAAAAAUUUUAAAAUAUUCAUGUACUAUUAACUAAGCUUCGGGCUGGCGUCGAGCUCUGAUUUCGUUCUGAACUUGAUUGUUAAUUGGCGUGCGGUAGUAUGUGUACUUUACCGUUUUUAUUUCUCGAAUUCGAAACUGCACUACAUACACUUAAUACUUAUUAUGAUCUACUAAACUAAACUAUUUGUGUUUCACUGUUCCGGAGAAGUCGAGGACGUCGCCGAUGGUUGGAGUAAUCAAUUUUCGAGCAAAACAAUCGUCUAAGGCGACUGGUUUUUUUUGCUUACUCGAGCUCAUCUCUCGUCCUCGGUCUCUCUGGAAUGAAGUGCGUAGCGAACAUAUUAACCACAUAGACUAGAGAUAUUGAAAUGCAUGAUUGUACCAAAGUAAUCGUACCUAAUACUACUCUAUGAACAUAUUAAUAACGAUGUAUUUUUCCAAAAAGUAAACUAAAGUCUAAAAAAUGGUAAUGAUUUUACAAGAGAGCGGGAGGGAAAAUCCGCGAAAUGCACGGAAGCGAAGAGGGCGAAUUGAUAAGCGGGCACAAGCGAAGAGCAAAUCAAACACGAUCCACUCAAGCGCGACCUCGACACGCACUUAAUCACCAACUAAGCAGUGCAUUCAUUAUAUAAUAUAAUCGACACUCUUUUUGUUUCAUACAGAUUAAACUCGAGGCGAGCAUACAAACAGACGAAUGUAUAAAAGAGAACGGGAGGAAUAUUGUAUAAGUGCGAAAAACUCCAAAAAAAAAAAAUAAAUAAAAAAUGUCAAAAUAAAAGCGAAAACAAGCAAAGAAAAAAAUAUAAAUUUGACGGAUGAAAGAAAAAGACAAAAAAAAUUAGAUUAGUUUGUUUUGUUUUUCUUUUCCGGUUGACAACGGAUGCAACUGACGACUCGCAUCUUGGAAAAACCAAAAGGGAAAACGCACGCAAUUGAAUGAAUAUGAUAAUUUUCCAUUUUCGUUUGGAUUUCGCGCGUCGCGAUUCGAUGCGAGUUGUCGUUUUCGACAGUCAACGUAGUUUUUAAGACGCAGGACUCGACGGGAGUCCUAACUAACUAACUAAAAAAA